CCGACAUCAUCGAUUUUGCGUCGUGGCUGUAUCCAAACACCAACAAAUAUGUCGGGCCCUAAUAUCGCAAAACACUACACCCGCCUCCUAGCCCUCUGGCCCAAAGACCCCCUCCGGCCUACCCUCCAUUUCGACAAGGUCCUCCAGCAUCGCGCAGCCCAGGCGAGUGCUGGUAAAUCAGACCUCAAGGCCGAGCUGGGGCAAAUCAAUGCGGCGUACUCGCUUCUCGAGAAUCGAUAUAUGCAUAGGAAUCCAACAUCCAAGCGCCUUCUUAGUCCUACCUCGAAUCCGACCUACUACGACGACCUAAUCGCGGAGCUAGAGCAAGCGCCGAAGAGGUCAUGGCUCGCUAGAAGAAUUGAGGGCUGGAAGCGAAUGAUCAGAUUUACAUGAUAAAAUAUGAAAACGCUCUAUGGGUAUCAUAUGGUCGGCUUUGUACGCUUUAAGAGGUGGUGUAUAACAUGUGCGGUGCGCAGGGCUCAAGAAGAGGCGUUUCGGAAGGUCGGAUGUCGUAAAGAUGGCUAUUUGGGAAGACUACGGAUGUACAAUAGAAGGGUACCUAAAAGAAGACAACAACUGUACAGUUAUACACUGUGAAAUGGACUAAAGAAGUCUGGUCGACUUGAAUGUGGUAAGAAAUUUGGACCGGGGCAGUCCAUGCGGUUGACACCCAAUAUAGGCACGUUGUUGACGUGACUUGUGCAUAAGGGCAUAGAAGAAAGGCGGGAAGAACAUCAGGAGGAAUACAUUUGGGAGGCAGUGCACGCAAUCUGAAUCCAUCUUAGCAUGUUUUUGACGUGGUUCGUGAACAGGGUUGGGGUAAGAGACUACGCUAGAAGUAACGACGAUCCA